AUGGCAAAAGCAGAAUUGAGAAAUCAAACAGUCCUCACUGAAUUCCUUCUUCUGGGAUUUGGAGAUCUAGGAGAUCUUUGGUUUCCUCUCUUCCUGAUCUUCUUAGUGAUCUACAUUGUGACCAUGCUUGGGAAUAUUCUCAUUGUCGUGCUUGUUGUGACUGAUCGCCACCUUCACACCCCCAUGUACUUCUUCCUGGGAAACCUGUCCUGCCUGGAGACCUGCUACAGCUCCAACAUCCUUCCCAUGAUGCUGGCCAAUCUCUCUGACGGAGGUCCAAGAACCAUUUCUGUAACUGGAUGCAUGAUCCAAUAUUACUUCUUUGGCUUCUUGGCAGCCUCGGAAUGUUAUCUCCUAGCAGCAAUGUCCUACGAUAGGUAUGUGGCAAUUUGUAAACCACUGCUCUAUACAGUACUGAUGAAUGGCAGAGUUUGCCUCCGGCUAAUAGCUGCAUCUUGGAUCAGCGGUUCAUUGGCUAUUAACGUGACUAUAUAUUUAAUGCACCAGUUAAGGUUCUGUGGCCACAGUGAAAUCAGCCACUUCUUUUGCGAUUUCAAUCCAAUAUUAAAGCUCUCGUGUAGCGACACACACGUGAUUGAACUUUUAACCACCUUCCUGGCUGCAAUAUGUUCCUUGCCUCCCUUCUUGUUGACCCUGACAUCUUAUGUCUAUAUCAUAUCUACCAUUGUGAGAAUCCCCUCUACCAGUGGGAGGCAGAAAGCCUUCUCGACCUGUUCCUCACACCUCACUGUGGUGUCCAUUUUCUAUGGCACAAUCAUGAUUGUCUACAUGUUGCCCAAAACAGAUGCCCUGCGAGACCUCAACAAAGUAUUCUCUCUCUUCUAUACAGUCCUGACACCUUUCUUCAAUCCCCUGAUAUACAGCCUGAGAAAUAGAGAGGUCAAGGAAGCCUUCAGAAAAACAUUUACUAAAUGUUGCAUUUGGGAAAGAAUGCAGGGCCAUCGAUUAAUAUGCUUGUUUAUCUAG